AAAUAUCUGUUCUUUUUCGAAGAAUUUUCUGUCCCAAAUACAACACAACGCUCAGAUAAUAUUUCGUAUUCACUGUCUUCGCAUUUUCUGUUAACGGCUCGUAUCUUGAAAGCGUCUAUGAUAUUGGUAUUUUCGAAGGCUUCCCAUGUAACACUAGGAAUCAAAAGUGAAGAACAAUUCCAAAUAAAUCAGAAACCAGAAUGGCAAUUGAAAAGAUCGGUGAGAAGUUUCAGAAAUGUCGAAUUUGAGGUUAUUCCAAACUUUGAGUUAUGGACAGAAGACAGUUUUCAUCUUGAAUUUCCUCAGAGACCAUUACCACUUACCAAUUUCAACAGCCAGGAAUAUGAAACCCCGGAUUUCAGCAAUGGUUUAGCUUAUCCCGAUCCAUUUCUACUAACAGGACAGCAAGCGAAACGAAAAGUGGCCUACUUAUACAGCAGAGAGCUAUUUUUUGGAGAUAUUCCCCACUACAAGCUUUUGCUACGGAAACAAAACGAUAGAAAACUGAGUGGAGUUCCAGUACAACGACUUGGAUCGAUAAGAAUUAACUCUCCAUUUGACAAAACCAAAUUCCCAGCAACUAUAAGUUCGUUUUAAAUAACAAUUAAAGAAGAAUCUGUGAAUAAUUUGAUAUAAUUAUAUAAAAGUAAAUAAUAAUGUAGCUUGAAAUGAGGCAUGGUUGGACUAAGGUCAAAAUAUUUUCAAUUUUGUUCUUUGAAAACGUUGAAAAUCUUUCGCUGCUGCAAGAUAAGUCAAAAAAUAAUUGACGAAAAAAUUUGAAGAAUCACAAAAAGUAACUGAGAAUUUCUUCAGUUGUAAACAUGGGCAUACUCAGGAUUAAAUUUUCAAAAAAUGGGUGACCUGAAAGGAAUGGGAUUAUUGAGGAUUUUUUAAAAUUUCGAUUAGACAAAAAAUGUUCCACUUCUGGAUUAAUAUAUAACUAAAUCAGAACCUUCCAAAGAAAAGACCUGCCAUCAUGAUGAAACAUGUGUUUUCGAUAAUGUCAAAUAUUCGAUAAUACUGGUUCUUUAAACGAUUCUCGUAUUUUUAAAUUAGAAUAUACAUUGUCUUUUGAUUA